UAGAAGCGUGUGUUCUUCAUCAAAAGCUCUUAAUAUCACAUAAUUUUCAUUCUCCUUUUCUAUCUCAGUGUUUUCCAACUUCAUUCUACCUUAGUCAUGGCCAACCUUGGAGCUAGAACUAAUGGAACAACACCAAACCACAUUGAGAUCCCUAUCCAUGCAAAUGGAGUGGAUCUAAAAACAAGCCAAGGAGUGGAAGAGAGCAAUGUUGACUACUCUCAAAGGGCUCAGUGGCUUAGAGCAGCAGUGUUGGGAGCCAACGCUGGUUUGGUCUCUGUUGCCUCGUUGAUGAUGGGUGUUGGGGCUGUAAAGGAAGACAUUGGUGUCAUGCUUGUUGCUGGUUUUGCAGGACUAGUUGCUGGGGCUUGUAGCAUGGCAAUAGGAGAAUUUGUUUCUGUGUACACUCAAUAUGACAUAGAAAAGGCUCAGCUUAAGAGAGAGAGAGAAUCUAAUAACAAUAGAGGAGUGGAUGAUGAAGAGGCUCAAAAGGAGAAGCUUCCAAACCCUUUUCAGGCUGCAUUGGCAUCAGCACUGGCAUUUUCUGUUGGUGCUUUGGUUCCUCUUUUGGCAGCUGUGUUCAUAAGGAGUCACAAGAUUAGGAUGGUGAUUGUUGCUGUUGCUGUUAGCUUGGCAUUGUUGGUGUUUGGAGGGGUGGGAGCAGUGCUUGGAAAAACACCAGUGGCUAGGUCUUGUUUCAGGGUGCUGAUUGGAGGUUGGAUGGCUAUGGGAAUAACAUAUGGCCUCACCAAGUUGAUUGGCUCAGCUGAACUUUGAAUGUUCUUCGUCAUUUAACCGCAUCUUAUUAAUUAUUAGUAAUGUUGUUUUCGUUGUUGUGCUGUGGUAAUCAUGCUAGUUUUACUCUUUAAUAGAUUGUGGCUGCUUUGUUUAAGUAAACAAGAGUGUGCUUUGGCACUACAUCGCUGGCCCCUAUGAUUUUAGGGUUCAUCGCUUUUUCUUUGUUAUCUUCGUGCUUUAUUUGGAGUGUUUACCAUGUCUCUCUUAGUGUUCUGAAUAUAAGUGUAACGUGUCGAAUUAUCAUAGUGCAAAGAAAUGUAUAAUAUAUUUGUGCAUCGA